UCUUUCAAUCCUGUUUAUUGCGAGAAUCUCGUUUUAGGCUUCCAAACCUUUUCAGUCAUGUCUGGUCGUGGCAAGCAGGGAGGUAAGGCUCGCGCAAAAGCCAAGUCACGCUCGUCCCGCGCAGGCCUGCAGUUCCCGGUGGGGCGAGUACACCGCCUGCUGCGCAAAGGCAACUACGCCGAGCGGGUGGGGGCCGGCGCGCCCGUCUACAUGGCGGCGGUGCUGGAGUACCUGACCGCAGAAAUCCUGGAGCUGGCGGGCAACGCGGCGCGAGACAACAAGAAGACGCGUAUCAUCCCCCGUCACCUGCAGCUGGCCAUCCGAAACGACGAAGAACUGAACAAGCUGUUGGGCAAAGUCACCAUCGCCCAGGGCGGCGUCUUGCCCAACAUCCAAGCUGUCCUAUUACCAAAGAAAACCGAAAGCCACAAAGCCAAAAGCAAAUAAAUCCUGACACAGUAAACCAAAGACCAAAGGCUCUUUUUAGAGCCACC